AUGAACCGUGUAACAUUGUCCAAAUCCAUUGCCCAACUUUGCAGAGGGAUCCACCACAACACGUGGAGGCGGUUCUGCAACCGUUGUGAAGCCCAGCUUGAAAGUGCCGGGGCCGUGGGCUCUCUCCUCAAGUCCCGUUCCGUUAUACGGUUCCGCGGGCCUGAUACACUUAAGUUCCUUCAGGGCCUGCUGACCAACGAUGUACGCAGACUGGGUGAACCCAUUGGUGACAGAACCGAAAACUUGCCCACGCCGAACGUGCCUGCUACGUCGGUUCCUCCCAUUUAUGCUGCGCUAUUGACCCCUCAAGGGAGAUUCCUCUACGACCUCUUUCUCUAUAAGCCUCCCACUUGCGACACCAAGCUCGAUGACACCGGCACUGGCCCUGACUCCCACUCCGAUAAACCCUUUCGUUUGUUUGCUGAUGUGGAUGCUUCUGUGUUGGAUGAAUUAUUGCAAACCUUCAACAAAUUCAGGCUGAGGUCAAAGGUUGAGAUUGAUGAUGUCUCGAGUGAUUUCUCAUGCUGGCAGCGUUAUGGUGCUGGCAUUCUUGAGAAGUCCUCAGAAGUAGAAGAACCAGAAGCAGCCUCUGUUGGCUGGGGUGCUGGUCUGGAUAGUACUGCAAUGUCAUCGUCACAUGGGAGUGAUGGUGGGUGGCAAUGGUUCAAGGAUCCCAGAUUGGCCUGUCUUGGUUUCAGAGGGAUCUUCCCAUCGAAUAUAACUCCACCUUUAAUUGAGGCUGAUAAAGAGACUGAUGAACGAAAUUUUCUUCUAUGGAGACUAGAGAAGGGAAUAGCAGAAGGAUCAACCGAGAUUCCAAAAGGUGAGGCAGUACCGCUUGAGUAUAAUCUUGCAGGCCUUAAUGCAAUUAGCUUUGAUAAAGGUUGCUAUGUUGGCCAAGAACUCAUUGCUCGUACACAUCACAGGGGGGUGAUUCGUAAGCGGAUAGUUCCUCUAAGGUUUCUAGACAACGAUGGGAAAGAGUUAGUAAGCAAAGUCAUUCCAGGCUCAGAAGUAAUAAACACAGAGUCUGGCAAAAAAGCUGGUACAGUGACUACUGCCCUAGGAUGCCGUGGUCUGGGGCUCUUGCGACUAGAUGAAGCUUUAAAGGGGUCCAGUGCGUUGUCCAUUAAGGGACAAGACGAUGUUAAGGUUGUCCCUAGUAGACCAGAUUGGUGGCCUUCUGAAUGGCUUCAAGAUCAUGGACAGCACGCCGCUUUUGCCUAG